UUAAAAUAGGCAUGAUAUUUUUAAGGAAUUUCAUAAGUAGUGAAAAAAAAAUAAAAUCUGAUUUUUAUAAAUAACUAAACACUAUUUUAAAUGGUUUUUUUGCAAAAAACCAAGUAUGCCAUUUGAUUUCUUGUAUAAAAAAGAAUUUUUAGAAAAAAUUUUUUUUUAAACAUAUUUUUUUUUUUUUGAGAAAUUUAUUUUAUAAACUUCAAUGCCAUUUCUUUAGGGCAUUGCAUUAAUUGGAAUUGUCCGAAAAUUGCAUUUUCUGUUAUGGAUACAUUUGAUAAAGUCAAUUUUUAUUGUACUCAUAAACGUUGCUUUUACUUUAAAUUGACAAACAUUUGUUCAUUAUGAUAAUGUUUUUGGGAAAAUCCUACAAUUAGUUCAGGUAAAAAAGUUUCCACAUUUUUAGGGUUAGGUGAUUAGAUUGCCAUAUAGUUGUAGGAAAAUCCCUUAAGUGAAGCAGGUACAUAUGUCCGGUUAUUUGCAAACAUGUGUAGGUAUAUGCAUACAGUUUUUUAAAGUCUUUAACUCUUUUUCAUUAAUAUAUUUUCGGAAAAUCCCAAAUACCAAACUUGAAGGUAUCCAAUCUAUUAUCUAUUUGCAUGAGCAUAGGAAGUUAGGUAAUUCAUAAAUGUACAUACAAAUAUGUAUUCUUCUAUGUAUUGGUCACAAAUAACUAUUAAGAGUUAUAAAAAACCCUUAAAUUACGCGUUGGUUUCUUUUACUUUAAAAACAAAACCACUUGAUCAAUUGACAAUCGUUUUUGACCGAGUGCGGAAGAAAAUUUAGAUUUGAAAAAAAAAAAAAAAAAUAUUUUGUAAAGACAAAGUUUUUGGAAGUGCUCUAUAAUAGAAAUUGUGUUAAAACCAAUUACAAAAACAAAUUGUGCAAACACAGGUUUUAAAAGUGUACAUCUAAUCCAAAAAUUGUGUUAAAACCAACUGCAUUUUUUAAUGCAAUAUAUCAGCAAAGUGCCUCAAUAUUAAAACUAGUGAAAAGUGAAGUAAAAGACAAAGUUUAAUUUUGCUUUUUCUUAUUAAGUACUUAAAGUGAAGUGUUAAGCCUUAACCACUAACAUAGAUAUUGAAGAUUAAUUUAACAUACUAUUUUUUUUUAAAUAUCCAAAAAGGGAAACAUAAGUUUUAUCAAUUUGAUUUCUUAUUUUUUUUUUUAAACAAAGUUUUGUGAAAUACUGUGCCUUUGUUUUGAUCCAGCUAAAGAAAAAAAAAACUACUACCAGCAAGGCGGUGAAACUGACCAAAUUGUGUUAAGAUAUUGAUUGGUGAGUUAUUUUGAAAGAUAAAUAAUUUGUUCAUAAUUUGAUUUUGACAUUUUGAUAAAAUUUUACAUUGAAUUUGAAAUGGAAAACAAUUUUUCACAAUCUCAAAACACCAAUAAGGGGAAAAAAAAUAGAACAUUUAAUUUUUCUAAAACUGAUAAAAACUUAAAUAAAGUCUGUAGCGACGUUAUUCCUAAAAACGAUGACAAUUUUAGUUGUAUUAAGGGGUCUUUCUGUCAGAACAGUGACAUAUUUGACGGUAAUUUUAGAAAUACUCAGUGCACCAGCAAUGCGGUGAUGGCAUUGUGUAUGUCCCAACUUAAAUCCGUGACAACUUGGAACACUGAUUUCAUCGAUAAGAUUUUGGUACAGGGACAUGAGCUUCAUGUUCAAUCAAUUUCCAGUUUUGUUGAAAGGUUUGGCCAACCGCCGCCGUCAUCUUUUUACUUGGCGGCAGACGAAGUUCUUGAAUUUUUUUCGGUUGAAAAUACCAAUUUUCAUGUAGAAUAUAAGUUAGAUCCUUUUCAAGGCUAUAUUGAUGAGUCGGAAUGUUUUUUUACGGAGCUUAAUCGUUUUUUUUCCAACGAAUUAUUUGGUGUUUUGACUGUUGCUAAUUUGUCGGUUGCAGUUUUAAAGAACGAAAAUUUGAUUUGUUUGUUCGAUCCUCAUAGUAGAGAUCAAAAUCUUAACGCUGUAACAAAUGGUGUAGCAGUUCUUCUAAUGUUUAAAAGCAUACAGGAACUAGUUUCAACCUUUAAAUCGUCCUUAGAUUCAAUGCUAAAGCCUCUAUUUAGUAUAACUCCAUUAAAAAUAGAGUAUGAGUCAUUUUGUGAGAAUGAAACUCCGUGGACAGUUAAGCGAAAAAGUUUUUCAUUCAAACAAAAACAAAUUUUAGAAAAAAACAAAGCUAGAUUAAGACUUUUACGUUUGAAUGAGACAUUUAAAGCAAAAGAACGGAGAACCCAAAUAGAAUCAAGAAAAGGGAAGAAUGAAGCAAUUCUACAUGCGAUAAGAAAAAUGGACGUAAAACGGAAAAAAAUCUUGCGAUCUCAAAAAGAUUUUAAAAAUAAGGAAAAUGAUAGUCUUUUAAUAAGAAUGCAGACAAGGAGAAGUCUAGCUGAAAAUCGAAUUUUAGAAAAAAAGAAGGACAUAGCUAAGAAAAAGAUUUUAAGGACUGAGGAAACUUAUAAGAAAAGGGAAAAUGAGAAACUAUUGACAAGAAUGCAGACAAGACGUAGCCUAGUUGAAAAUCGAAUUUUAGAAAAGAAGAAGGACAUAGCUAAGAAAAGGAUUUUAAGGACUGAGGAAACUUAUAAGAAAAGGGAAAAUGAGAAACUAUUGACAAGAAUGCAGACAAGACGUAGCCUAGUUGAAAAUCGAAUUUUAGAAAAGAAGAAGGACAUAGCUAAGAAAAGGAUUUUAAGGACUGAGGAAACUUAUAAGAAAAGGGAAAAUGAGAAACUAUUGACAAGAAUGCAGACAAGACGUAGCCUAGUUGAAAAUCGAAUUUUAGAAAAGAAGAAGGACAUAGCUAAGAAAAGGAUUUUAAGGACUGAGGAAACUUAUAAGAAAAGGGAAAAUGAGAAACUAUUGACAAGAAUGCAGACAAGACGUAGCCUAGUUGAAAAUCGAGUAUUAGAAAAGAAGAAGGAUAUAGCUAAGAAAAGGAUUUUAAGGACUAAAGAAACUUAUAAAAAAAAAGAAAAUGCAAGACUAUUGACAAGAAUGCAAACAAGGCGCAGCAUCCCUGGAUUAAAACAAAAAGAAAAGGCACUCAAUUCUAAACAAAGGAAAGAAAAGCGAGAACAUCAUUUAUACAAAUUUCGAGAACAAUAUUACAAUACCUUGCAAAAGAAAAACAGUUUAGACUGUCAAGCAAAGCUUAGAUUUAUUAAAGAAAGAAGCAUGUGUCCUGAGCAUAUUUGUUGUUUUUGUGAAGGGCUAUUUUUCGCGCAUUCAGUUGUAAAAUACCAAACUAAUUAUUCCAAAAAAUAUUUUGGAAAAGAAUUUGUUGAGAGCAUAGAUAAAUUGAGAAGUAAUUUGUCACCGUGGACAUGUAAGACUUGUUAUAGAUACGUCCAAAAAGGUGUUAUUCCAAAAUUAGCGACCACAAAUGGACUUAAAUUUAUUCCCAUUCCAAAUUGUAUACAAAUACUUUCUCCUCUUGAAGAAAGAAUGGUUGCGCCCUUCAUCAAUUUUAUGCAAAUUCGCGAUUUGAAACCCUUUGCCCUGAAUCCCCAACUUGGAAUGAAAGGAAGCGUUGUCAAUAUUUCAGUUGAGGUGAAUGAUAUGCUGCAGGUACUGCCACGGCGUUUUGACAAUAUGAAGACGAUUCAGUUAAAACUCAGGCGACAUCUUGACCAUGCCACAAACUAUAUGUUUGAGACUAUUCGACCAGCAGUUGUGUGUGAUGCUUUGAAAUACCUCAUGACCACACCUCUCUAUAUAAAAAACAACAUUCAAAUCGAUAAAGCUUACUUUAAUCAGUAUGACAAGGAGUAUGAUGAAUUAGUUGAGUUCAUUGUGGACUCUAAUGAUGCACAGAACCCACAGGGCUCUCUCGAUAGGUUUUCACAAGGUGAUAGCAUGUUAGAAGAAAUUAAUUUGGAUGAAUUCAAAGGGUUACCGAAAGCAAAACCUAGUACAUCAAAUAAGGGCAAAAGAUUUGAAGAGUAUCAGGUUUUACAACAAGAGAUUCACGAUGAGGUCUUAGUUAUUGAUAGAAACAAAGAAGCAGCAGAUUGCAUUCCAAUAAUAGCACCUGGUCAAGGGAAGACUCCAGUACCAUGGCACUUAUACCCAAAUUUAGAGGAACUAUGUUUUCCUAAAAUUUAUUGUGGGCAUCCCUUAGAAUCUUCAAACAAAAUAUCUUACUCAGAGAGAGCAAAGUCAAUCGCUCGGCGAAAUGACAGGCGCGGGUGUGUUCCCACUAAAAUUUUAUACAUGGCAAAAAAGAAACUCGAACAAUCGUGUCUCUCAAAUAUUAAUAUUUGCCUCCGGAAGAGCAAAAGAACAAAUCAAGUGACCGCAGACAAUAUUUUAAAGAAAAAUUUUGUUGAUUCCCUUAUUCAACACGACGCAGGGUACAGGAUUUUAAACCGUAUUCCGUCAUCUCCGUCAUACUGGGAGUUAAAAAAAAUGCAAUUAAUGGCAAUGAUUCGCCAAUUGGGCAAACCUACACUCUUUUUAACUCUGUCUGCUGCCGAAUCGAAUUGGCCGGAAUUAAUCCAACUUCUUUCAAAACUAUUAAAUAACCAAACACUUAGUAUUGAAGAAGCCAUGUCACUAGAAAACUGCGAAAAAACUGAGCUUAUCAGAAAUGACCCUGUUACUUGUGCUAGAUAUUUUGACCAUAAAGUUGCCAAAUUUAUGAAGUACAUAAAAAGCAAAAAUGGGCCAUUCAACGAAUUUGAAGUCCUAGACAGUUAUCAAAGAGUAGAAUUCCAGAUGCGUGGUUCACCCCAUGAGCACAUGUUCUUAUGGCUCAAAAAUGCUCCUGUUUAUAAAUUAAACGAUGAGGAAAGCAAGUCGCGAUGCACCUCGUUUAUUGAUAGGUUUAUCACGUGCGAAGAUAACCCUAUUAGUCCCUAUAUACCCUACCUUCGCCAUAGGCAUUCGCAUACUUGUAAUAAGGGAAAGUUAAAUAAAACCAAAUGCAGGUUUAACUUCCCUAUACCAGUUAUGCUAGAAACCCAAAUUCUUGAACCUCUUCCCGAAACUCCAGUAGGUAAAGAAAAAGAAGAACUUUCAGCUAUUUUAGGAAAAAUUAGGACCCAAAUGCAACAUUAUUUUGAAAAACCAUCCCUUGUUCCUUUUGGUGAGAUACUGCAUUCACUCAAAAUUACAGAGUCCCAAUACAUUAAUGCGAUCAGGAAUUCCUUAAAGAACCCCCAAGUAUUUUUAAAACGCAACAGUUUAGAAGUUGCAAUAAAUUCCUACAAUAAGGACGUUUUGAAUUUGUUUGAGUCGAACAUCGAUGUUCAGUUUGUCUUGGAGGAAUACGGAAUAGCUAAUUAUAUUGUGAACUACAUUAGCAAAGUGGAUGCUGGUUUAUCCAAGCUUCUAAGAGAUGCUGCAUCAGAUAUUAAUCAGGGCCAUAAAAAUAUUAAAGACAAAUUUAGAAAUAUCGCGAAUGUUUUUCUCAACAGCAAUUUGAUGUCUGCUCAAGAAGCUGCAUAUCACGUACUAUCUUUGCCAUUGUCGAAAAGUAGUAGAGGACAUGUUUUUAUAAAUACAAGUCCAAUUGAAAGUAGAUUAAUGAUGCUAAAGUCCAAUAAGUUUCUUCAGAACCUUAACUCUGAUUCCACUGACAUUUUUGUCGAAAAUGACUUUAAAAAAUAUUCAAAAAGGCCUGUGAAACACGAAGAAUUAUGCUUAGCAGAUUUUGUUGCGAAUUUCACACAUUCGCGUAGGCAAAAUGAUGAAGAAAAUGAAAACGAAGAUAACUAUCAUUUAAGGCACAAUUCUAAGAUAAUUCGAUAUAGAAGAUACAAAUUGGCACAGGAUCCACACAAUUAUUAUCGUGAGCAGAUACUUUUAUUUAUGCCUUGGAGAAAUGAGGCCGAGGAAAUAGAAAAUAUCGAUUCUAAGGAAGCUUAUUUGAGGAAUAGAACAUUAGUUGAAGCGAAUAGAUUAAAAUAUGCCAUAGUAGAAGACGAUAUUUUAGAUGAAGCACUUGAAGAAAUAAGACAAGGCAACGAAAGGCAUGAAUGCACUCCAUCAGAUUUUCUUCCUGAACCAGAGCAGAUAGAUAUUUUAGAGCAGGGCGGAGUAGAAAAUAAAAAGGAAAAUUUAGUUAAUCGUUUCGUGAGUCCACCCAAAAUUUCCCAAGAGCGUAUGAUUUUACUGCUGAACAAAUUAAACAAAGACCAACGAGAAUUUGUAAUGCAUGUAUAUAAUUGUUUUAAAACGAAAAACUGUUUGCCUCUUAAUAUAUUCUUAAGUGGUUCUGCUGGAGUCGGUAAAUCUACGGUAAUCAACUCCAUAUUCCAACUAAUUACUAAAUAUUUUGAUAAUAGACCGGGAGCAAUUGGAGAUUCCAUAAAAGUUUUGCUAACUGCUCCCUCAGGAAAAGCUGCUUUUUUGAUUAAUGGGGUGACACUUCAUACAGCUUUCGCUCUCCCCGUUUCUCAGUACGGAGGGACCAUGCCCAAUCUUUCCAGUGAUAUUGCGAACACGAUACGACAAAAGUUAAUCAAUCUUAAAUUGCUUAUUAUUGAUGAAAUAUCAAUGGUUGGAAGUCGUCUUCUAAGUAGGGUAGAUACAAGACUACGACAGGUUAUGGGCCGAAAUGAACCAUUUGGAGGGAUUUCCAUUAUUUUAGUUGGAGACUUGAACCAGUUACCUCCUGUCUUUGACACGUUUAUAUUUAAGGCACCACAAAAUAACGACUUAAAUGUUUUUGCCGAAACGAACACGUUAUGGGCACUUUUCAAAAUUUUUGAGCUAACCAAAAUCAUGCGCCAACAAAAUGAAACCUUAUUUAUAAACGCACUGAAUAAUCUUGCUACGGGAACAAUGACAAGUGAAGAUAUUCAGCUAGUUAAGAGUCGUGAAGUUGAUAGCACUUCUAUACCUGAAGACGUAAUUCGAUUGUACUCAACGAAUAAUGACGUUGAUGAGUAUAAUAGUUUAAAACUGUCAAAAGCACCGGGUGAAGAAAUAAGUGCCACAUCCAUCGAUUCUGUGCUUGGAAAAGUGGGAGAAGCAAUUAAAAAACGAGCAUUGGAAGCACUUCAGAAGAAAAAGUUGUCUGAUUUAGGGGGUCUUUCAAAUAUAGUACGUCUUAAGAAAAACAUAAAAUAUAUGAUUACAACAAAUAUAGAUGUUGAAGACGGUUUGGUGAACGGAGCCUGUGGUGAACUCAAGCACAUUUCAAUGAAACCCAAUACGAGUGAAGUAGACAAAAUUUGGAUUUUAUUUCCACCAAAUCCUCAAGUUGGAUUGAAAGCCCGACAGUCCUUAAAUAAAUUCAUAGAAUUAAAUGACAUAGACCGCAACUUGGUCCCUAUUGAAAGGAAAGUUCAUUCAAUAAAUGUGAAUACCGUUAACACAUACCAAAUUCUUAGAAAACAAUUUCCAAUAGUUCCAGCAGAAGCCAUAACAAUUCAUAAAAGCCAAGGCCAAACAUACGAUAAAGUGUGCAUCGAUCUGAGAAAAUCGAAAAAAAUCAGAAGAUCUAUGAUGUACGUUGCGUUAAGUAGAGUAACAUCUUUGACAGGGCUUUUUAUAAUUGGUAAUUUCUCACCACCAAAUGCUACAGCCGAAGAAAAUUUGAUUUUGGAUGAGUUAAGACGUCUUAGAAAUGAUUGUAAAAUGAAUUUGUCGUUUAAAAAUUUUGACCAAAAAACCGGCUUAAUUGUUGCUUACCAAAAUGCUCGUUCUCUUAAAAAGAACAUAAAUUGCGUUAUAGCCGAUCACUGGUACUCAAAUUGUGAUGUUUUAGUUUUUUCCGAAACUCAAACACUUUAUUCAGAUUCUUUGAAUAUACCGGGAUUUAAACUAAUUUAUAGGUCAGAUCAGGAUUAUAAAAAGCGUAAGCCCAGAGGAUUAAUGUGUUUUGUAAAGGAAACCUUAUCAAUUGACACAAAGAGCAUCAAAUCGGCUACAAUACAAAUAAUUAUAGAUUCGACAAAGAAAACUCAUAUUGAUUUGCUCUCAUUUGAAUUAGGUGAAGUUUUAGUUAUCGCAGGUUAUAAAUCUCCUUCGGCUUCAUUUGAAGACUUUAGGGAACAAUUCAAAGAUUUUAUGAAUGAAAUAAGACACAAAUUACUUGGAAAAAUCGUUCUGUUGGGAGAUUUUAACAUCAAUUUAAGAAAUAAGCCGAACACAUUUCUCCAUGAAACUUUGACGGAAUGGAAUCUUAGAUCCGCACUACCUAACAAUACAGUUACUACAGACAACAAUACCCAAAUUGAUGUCAUAUUUUCAAACAUACAUCCACUAGAGUGUGGAGUGUAUGAAAGCUUCUUCUCAGAUCAUAAACCAAUUUACUUUAUAUUUCCACAAGAAUAAUUAAUAUGGUGAGAUGAUCGAAUAGGUUUUGGUUAGGUUUUCAUAGUUCUUCUUUUAUAAUUGUUUUUUUUUUUCUUUAUUAUAAUGUUACAUUCAUUUUGCAUACAUUUUUUGUUCAUAACCGUAUUUCUUACAUUACAACAUGAGGACUAUGCCUACCGGGGAAACCUCGGUAAAAAAAACGCGUGAAGGGUCUACCUCCUGGGUAACGUGGAAAGACCUAAAAUUUUAUUUUGAGUGUUAAAAAAAAUAUAAGCUAAGUUGUAGGUUUUAAGAAAUGUGGGUUAUAUAAUUUUUAGAAAAAUUUGGUUCAUAAAAGGGAAGAGCCGACAUUUAGGACAGAUUUUGCUGAAUUUUUUUUGUGUUUGACUUUUUUGAAGAAAAAAAAAUGCAGUUAUAUUGCAAUUAUAUUGUAUAUUACAUUAGAGCCGUUUUCGAGUUAUUUGGUACAAUUUGAAAAAUUUGUAUGGGAGGUAGGUACACUUUUUAGACUUUUUUGAGAAAAACUAAAAAUGCAGUAUUAUUGCAAUUGUUUUGAAUAUUACGUCUGCAAAGUUUAAUCAAAAUCGUUAGAGCCGUUUUCGAGUUAUUUGGUUUGAACUGAAAAAUUUGUAUGGGAGGUACACUUUUUAGACUUUUUUGAGAAAAUCUAAAAAUGCAGUAUUAUUGCAAUUGCCUUGAAUAUUAAGUCUGCAAAGUUUAAUCAAAAUCGUUAGAGCCGUUUUCGUGUUAAUUGGUUUGAACUGAAAAAUUUGUAUGGGAGGUACACUUUUUUGACUUUUUUGAGAUAAUCUAAAAAUGCAGUAUUAUUGCAAUUGCCUUGAAUAUUACGUCUGCAAAGUUUAAUCAAAAUCGUUAGAGCCGUUUUCGUGUUAAUUGGUUUGAACUGAAAAAUUUGUAUGGGAGGUACACUUUUUUGACUUUUUUGAGAAAAACUUAAAAUGCAGUAUUAUUGCAAUUGCUUUGAAUAUUACGUUUGCAAAGUUUAAUCAAAAUCGUUAGAGCCGUUUUCGAGUUAUUUGGUUUGAACUGAAAAAUUUGUAUGGGAGGUACACUUUUUAGACUUUUUUGAGAAAAUCUAAAAAUGCAGUAUUAUUGCAAUUGCCUUGAAUAUUAAGUCUGCAAAGUUUAAUCAAAAUCGUUAGAGCCGUUUUCGAGAAAUUUGCAAUAUCGUAUUUUUUUGUAUGGGAGGUAUACGAUAUAAACGAGAUAUAAAAAAACAAAAAAAAACCAACUUUCGAAAUUCUAUAAAAAUCAUCUGUACCAAAUUUGAAGAAAAUCCGACCACCCGUUUAGCCAGUAGAAAUGUGUACAGAUGGACGCACAGACGCACAGACGCACAGACGCACAGACGCACAGACGCACGGACGGAAUUGCGAGACCCACUUUUUCGGAAUUCUCCAUCAUCGUAAUGUUGGUUUUGAUUAAAACCUCAAUUUUUUUUUUCGACACGAAACCAAUACUUGCCCUAUAGAGCAAGU